GUGUGCUCGUAUAAGGGUGAAAAGACAUCCAGGUAGCUUCAGGCAUGACGAAGUACUGGCUGAACGUGGCCCUUCUCAGGGUCGUUCUACCAGUCAUCUUAGCCGGAUGUACGAUAUGGCGACCAACGGGAUUGUCGAUCGUUUACCUGGGACUGAUGCUUUAUUCUCCGAUAGUCCCAAUACCGACGCACAAAACCAUGACAGGCCAUACGGGAAUAUACUUAAAGACUUGUAUUUGUCUGGCAUUUCUUGUAGUCAUAGCUCAGAUCACCUUUCAUAUUGUCCUUUUGUCACUACCGCCGUAUGGAUACUUUUUACAAAACUGCGAGUUUUUGGAGAAGCUCUUCAGACACAUAGGCUUUGUCAGAUUAGAUAGCGCAUCUGUAUGGGAAAUAUUUUACUGGUUGGCGCCGGAAUUUAUAGUUUUACCUACCGUACUUGUUACAUAUUUUAUAUGUCGUUUCCUUACACAAAGACGUGUUAGCAUUGAAGAAGAGGAAACUGCUCUUCAUCAGGAAAAUAAUUUGCAACGAAAAAAAACAGAGAAUAGUUCCACAAAGAUAAUUAAUUUCCUGGGAAGUAUUGGUAUCUACGUUGUAUUGGCGUCAUUAUGCUGUGUCGCGGCUUUGAAGCCAUCAAUAGAGGCGGCCUUCUACUUCCUGGUGUUUCUCGGCGCUGCUACAUGUUGGGCAUGCAACAAAGAACUGCGAAAGGGAUUUUCCGUGAUUUGCAGGAUCAUCAUGGUCAUCGUGAUUGUUCACAUCGUUAUAUUACUCGCCUAUCAGAACGAAUGGUUGCAAGAAAUUAUUCCUGUAUCUAGUACCUGGUCACGUUACUUGGCUCUGGCUGCAGUUUAUCACACAAAUUGUAGCGAUCCGAGAAAUGUGGAAUAUACAGAUAAUGCUGAUUGGUUGAUUUACGGAUACGCUUUGAGAUUGUUCUGGCUCUACUACAUCCUCGCAUUGCAGUCACAAUUUCUCAGUAGAAAACCGGCAUUACAGGCGAAAGAAGCAAAACGAUUAAGUGGCAGGCUGGAAAAUCUGGACACUCCAUUGUCCAGGCAUGUGUCCCUCAGGCGCAGGACACCUUCCCAAAGAUGGCAAUCAGCUCGUCGUAAGGCUCGUCUGGUCGUAGAUUCGCCGUUGGCAACAAUCGACGAGCGAACGCCUUUGAUGCGAUUUGGAUCUGGAAGAACGGGGCUUCUUCAGGACUCUACUACCGGAAGUAUUAUUGUGAAUCAGGAUGGUCAACAAGAUGAUAACAUACAAAUGCAAAGUCUCAGUGAAGGAACACCUGAUGAAACACCAGGCGUCAUUGAACAAAUAAUCAUGGCAGUGUAUUCUAUCUUCCAAUUAAUAGUAAAUUCAUCAUAUCUUGCUACAAAUAUAAUAAUGAUGACGUGGAGCAUAAUGUAUCACAGCUGGACAACAUUCGUUCUGCUUUUAUGGGCGCUAAUUCUGUGGAUGGUUCCCAAUAAACGUGCUUCAAUGAUGAAAUGCUCUCCUUUCAUCGUGUUCUAUGCAACUCUCUUACUUCUCGGACAAUACGUAUACAGUAUGGAUCUGACAGAUGAAGAAUUGCCGAGAGUAGUAAGUGGUAUAAAAAUUUCUGAAAUUGGUUUCAGCAAAACUGAUGAACUCGGCCGUUGGCAUCUUAUAGUUAAGUGUUUAUUUAUAUCAAUGUUCUGGAUCACUAUGAGACAGUACAUGGCAGAACGAAAGCAACAGCGACGGUCUGCUCUGAGGGAUAUGGUAGCGCCUUUACACGUAUCUGUCUCGACGGCUACAACCGUUAUGAGUCACCAGGAAGCACCAGAAAUCAAGAGCAAAUUUAUGAAAGCUGUUGGAAAACUAUUGCAAGAUCUAUUGACAAGAUUUUGGAUUGCUGUGGUAGCAAUCAUGCUGUUCAUCUGCGGCAUUACGGGCGAGCGCAUGACUAUGUUCAGAAUCGUUUACAUGUCGCUGUUUCUCAUUUUUGUUAUCACAUUCCAGAUAUCGUGGACAGCAUGGAGAAAAAUGAUGUAUGUAUUUUGGGUGACUGUCAUUGGAUAUUCGAUCGUUAUGUUGAUCCUCGUUUAUACCUACCAAUUUCAAAACUUUCCGAAAUAUUGGGAGUAUCUUGGUAUAGAUCAAGAUUUACAAAUGGACAUUGGAUUAGAGAUCUACGAGAUCAAAGAUUUGUUUGUGAGAUUAUUAACGCCAACGUUUUUCGUUAUCAUUACAGUACUUCAGAUUCAUUAUUUCCACAAGGAUUUUCUUGAAGUCACAAAUAUUGAUAGAUUAGGGCCCGAAAGCUCAUUUAGACGAGCUAGUCUAGGAUAUUCUCCCAGCUUAAAUAUUCCAGAAUCUUCACCAACUGAGGUUACACUCACCGAAGAUGAGAAACAUACGAUGUACACACUGAAGCAAUUAAAACAUAUGUCAAAAUUAGAAAAAAAAGCGCUGUUACACAAAAUGAAAAAGCAUCUUGAAAAUUUUUAUAAUUACACCUGGCUGUUCCUCGAAAUACACAUGCAAAAAAUAGUUUUUAUUUCAUUUGUUCUUCUGUGCAUCAAUGACGUAUGCGCAAUAAAUUUCUUUUUCAUCGUCGCCGUAGUUAUAAUGAUCAAUUUUAGAAGAAAUAUACAGAUAAAUUCAAUUAAUGCAAUGGCCGCGAUAAUAUCGCUUCUAAUGGUUACCAAGAUGUUGUAUCAAAUUAAAUAUAUUAAUCAUGAUAACUGGAAUGUCAAUUGCACUAGAUCCGUCGAUGAGCAAUAUGCAAGUAACAAUACCGUCUACAAUAUAGCCGAAUGGUUUGGAAUGAAAAAAGCAGGUCCGGGUAUGCUUCCAGACCUGUUGAAAGGUUACAUUGGCAUUGUUACUGUGACAACUUUCAGGAAAAUUAUUAGAAUUCGACAAUGGUUUUAUCGACAUAAUAAAGGAGAAUCAUUGGAUACUCCUCAAAUAAUGUUCCCAACCAUUACAAGAGUGGACGCUGACAAAGGAUUACCAGAGUGUUUAAAGUUUCUCUUCAACUACGGUUUUUACAAAUUUGGUCUUGAAAUGUGCCUCAUUGGGAUUGUUACGCUGAUUGGCACUAGACUAGAUUUUUAUUCCGUCUUGUAUAGCAUAUGGUUGCUACUAUUUUUUUCGUUGAAAAGGAAAAUUGUCGCACGAAUUUGGCCCUGUUUUAGAACUUUUGCCAUAAUUCUCCUACCUAUCCAAUACGCCAUUGUUGUGGCUCCACCUUCGUGGCUUUGUAUAGAUUAUCCUUGGAGCAAUUCUGAAAUAAUGAGAAGAUUGCAGGAAUGGAUGUAUCUUCCUGAUCCAGAUUUCCCUCCGAAUUCCAGAAAACUUAUUUGUGACUUUAUCUUACUAAUGAUGAUCGUGCGACAAAGUCUAGUCUUCCACAUUGAGCAACAAUAUUUGCAGCCUGACAAGGAUUUUGUGGCUGGACACAAUUAUUCCGUUUUCCAAGACAUGGAAAAACCAAAUUUUAUAAAUCCUGUAAAAGAUUACGUGUCGCACAUUCAUUCAUGGCUGGAUAUAAUUAAACGUGGUAGCAUGAUGAGUCUCAUGUGGGUGACCUUAUCUAUAAUGUUUUUGGCUGGAACGAAAAGAACGAAUCUCUUUUCGCUCGGCUAUCUUUUAGGAGCAUUUAUAUUCCUUUGGCAAGGAGGAAAUUUUUACUUAAGACCAAUGAGAACUAUUUUGAAAUGGUGGAACAUGCUAAUCGGAUAUAGUGUUAUUGUAAUUUUCUCAAAAGCUCUUCUUCAAGGUGUGGGUUGUGUCCUCAUUAAAGAACUCGAAAUAUCAGCCUGUUGGCUUGUGCAAUUAUUGGGUAUCGCAUGCUUGAAAAAGUUCAAGAGUUCCAGCGAGACACUGAAUCCGGCCAAGUGUACUGUCACUAGUGAAGAUAUCGGCAUGGUUUGGGACGGAUUAUGUUUUGCCUUUCUUUUGAUACAAAAACGAUUGUUCAAGAGCUACUACUUCUUCCAUAUAGUAGAUGAGACAAAAGCCAUGAGCAUUUUAGCAUCUCGCGGCGCAGAAUUGCUUGAAGAACUGCAUCAGAAACGUAUAGAAAUUCAAGAAAAUGUGGAGAAAACUGUUUUAGAAAAAUUAAAGUUCAAGAUGGACAAGAUUAAAGCUAAUCAGCAAAAAAUACAGGGACCGUCUUAUAAAGAAUCUCAGGCUCACAAAGUCGAUGAACUCUAUCCAAGAACACGGCCAUUGUACAAAAUUCGUUCGCCGCAGACCAACAGAGAGGCAAUCAGAUCGGGCGAUUAUUACAUGUUUGACGAUCUGGAUGACGACGACGUUACCGAUCUUGUUCCUGAUAGUGAUAUUGAAAAGAAGGAAAAAGAACGCCGCCGCGAACAAGAACGAAAAGGAAGAAGAAUGACUGUUUCAGAGUUGAUGAACACGCUGAUUAAGACAGACAUUGAGAUCGCGACGCAUGUCGCCAUGUACGGAGGAACAGAAAAGGACGCCCUGAGACUCCGACGUAGAAGUGUACCUUUGACACGGAAGAAAUCAUCCAUGUCCUAUUUAAGCGCUCGCUCCGAGACCGACACUGCUAUGGCCACCGAUGGUCCCGAUCGAACGAGUCUCACUUCAGUAGAGAUGGAAACGGAUGAAAAAGAAGUUACAGACUUGGUCAAAACACUAGAACCAUCAGAUAUAAAAGAAGAGAAAAUAGAAGAUAAGGAGAGUGACAAGAAAGAAGAAGAACAGAAAGUCUCAUUCUUUACGUACUUCAAGUUUCUCUUGGUGAUGAUUAACAGCACUCUAACUUCAAUGACAAAAUAUCUAAAUCGAUUCUCCUACGACUAUAGAUAUAUUCGCAAGGUUUUAGCAAAAGAAAAAAAGAUCCUAAAGGCGAAACCAGAUUUUCGAAUGGGAAUGCGAUUAGGAAUUAAUCAAAUGUGGCAGCCUCUCAUACAGGAACGAUCUGCUACAAAUGGCAAUAUGGAGGAGCAGUAUGAUCCUGGAGAAGGUCCGAGCCAACCACAACCGCAAGAUGAUAGGAAGAGGAGUUCGCUGGCAGUGCCGCACAUCCGAAUUCUGGCGCCGAGUUUGGAGCGAGGAUUGGACAUGUCCUCCUCCAGCACACUUUUCUCGCAAGCCUUGGCAGAACAAGAAGAAGAAAUUGGAGAACUUUCAGAAGUGGAUCAACCUCCCAUUGUACAAUUGGCAGCGUCUAUCUGGUUUGGAAUUUUGGCGCAUUCUAGUAUACUUUGUUAUUUUAUGGUGUUUAUACAUCAAAUUAAGAACGCAUCAGUACUCUCGACACCAUUGCCACUUAUGGUAUUCUUAUGGGGUUCUUUAACAAUCCCACGACCUUCAAAAACGUUCUGGAUAACAAUGAUCGCAUAUGUCGAGGCCAUUGUCAUAAUAAAAUGUAUUUUCCAACUGGAAUUGAUUCCUUGGAAUCAAAAGGCUCCAAUAAGCCAUCCACUAUAUGAACCGAGAAUUAUUGGUAUUUUAAAAGAUUCCAAUUAUGCUCUAUGGGAUUUAUUAUUGCUCCUUAUACUAUUCUUCCAUAGACUUAUGCUGAAAUCCUUGGGUCAAUGGACAGCUGCAUCUCCACGAAAAAUAAUUCCUUCUCAGUUACCUGCAGUGCAGACAAAACCAUCAUUUUCAGACAAAGAACAAGAAGAACUAGACAUACAACAAGAAAUCGAUUCUCACGAAGAAGUAAAAGAAUCUCAAAAACAAUCUUUGAACGACUAUGUAUUAAAUGAUAAUGUUCCAUCCGUAACAGAUGAGAACAAGAAGCUUGUAGCUGUGCAAGAAGAAGAUCCUCACAGUAAAAUGUUUUCUGAAACGAUGAAUACAGCAGUUACUAAACACAUUAAACCAAUAAAAAAUUUUUUUAAGAAAAUUAUUGAUCCAGCUAGCAAAGAAAAAACGAAUGUUUACGCCUAUAUGUUCCUUUGUGAUUUCUUUAAUUUUCUUCUGCUUAUUUUCGGAUUUUCUGCAUUUGGAACUCAGCAAGGUGAUGGCGGUGUAGCGGCUUAUUUACAAGAAAAUCGAGUUCCUAUGCCUUUCCUAUUAAUGUUAUUAUUACAAUUUGCUCUAAUUGUUAUCGAUAGAGCUCUUUUUCUAAAAAAAUCUAUUAUGGGAAAAUUAAUUUUCCAGUAUUGCUUAGUACUUGGUGUUCAUCUAUGGAUGUUCUUCAUUUUACCGAGCGUGACAGAAAGACAAUUUAAUGAUAAACUUCCACCACAAAUCUGGUACAUGGUGAAAUGCUUCUAUCUUUUACUAGCAGCUUAUCAAUUGCGACAAGGAUAUCCGACUCGAAUAUUGGGUAAUUUUCUGUGCAAGAAGUACAGCGUUGUGAAUUAUGCUCUAUUUAAAGGAUUUAUGUUAGUCCCAUUCCUUUUUGAACUUCGGGCAGUGAUGGAUUGGAUUUGGACUGACACAUCCAUGACUAUAAUGGAUUGGUUUAAGAUGGAAGAUGUCUUUGCUAGUAUUUAUCAAAUCAAAUGUAUGCGAGGAGUCGAAUCAGACUACCCUCAACCACGAGGAAUAAAGAAAAAACAAAUGAGCAAGUACUUGGUUGGCGGAAGUGUUCUUUUACUCAUUAUUGGUUUAAUCUGGUUCCCUUUGCUUCUCUUUGCCCUUGGUAGUACCGUUGGUGCGUCCAAUUUACCUUAUGAUGUAUCCUUGAAAGUACGAAUCGGUCCAUACGAACCCAUCUAUUCCAUGUCGGCACAAGGCAGUUCUAUCAUCGAAUAUACGGAAACGGACUACAAAACUCUUACAAAUUUACAAGUAUAUUCAACAGAGAAGUCAGCUGUUACUUUCUUUGAAAAUUACGUCUAUUCUGAUGUGGCUGCAGUAAAAUUUAGCAAUUCCUCAGGAACACUUUGGGGUAUUUCCCCACCUGAUAAAGAAAGAUUGAUAGCAGAACUGGCCUCUAAUACCACAACAAUAAGUGUACACGUGGAAUGGGCAGUUUCAAGGAAAACAGAUAUCAAAGAUGCCAGUGGAAUCACUGUAACAGAUCGUAACAUAACAUUGCCAGCGUACGUAAACGGAGAGUUUAAUCCUGUAAGACAAACAUUAGUGGACAUGUUAAGUAAGGAUCCUGGUGCAACAAAUGCGACAGUAAUAUUACAAAAUGCCUUUCCGAAAUUUUUGAAAGUCACUGCUAGAACCAUUGGUGUUGUUACACAAUUAAUGGAACCACUACGUUUACUAGUAGGUCAAUCUGACACAGAUGACAGGUACCUUUACAGAAAUAUGAGUAUCCGAUUAUCAACGGACAUGACAUGUUGUGAUCAUAAACAAUGGUGGAUAGUUCGUGAAGCAUGCACAGGCUCCGAUUUUUUUAGCCAAAUACCACUAAAUGAUUGCAACUAUAUCAUGAUGUUCCUAUUCAACGACAAGGCAUUCCCCGAGAGCUUAAGCUUCAUCAGCGGAUUUGGGAUCAUAGGAUUGUAUACUACAGCGGUGAUAGUUAUAAGUCAAAUGAUGCGGAAAAUCGUCAGUGAUAUGGCGCCCAAGAUUAUGUUCGAUGAUUUACCCUACGUCGACAGAAUCCUUCGUCUUUGCUUAGAUAUUUACUUGGUCCGCGAGAGCGGCGAUUUAUGUCUCGAAGAAGACUUGUUUGCCAAAUUGAUCUUCCUCUACAGAUCACCGGAAACAUUAAUCAGGUGGACGAGACCGCCUGAAGAAGGAGAACGAACUGAUAAUGAAGAUCAAUAUGAAGAGGGAGAAGAAAUAUCAGAAGAAAGAAGAAGACAAGCAGAAUCAUCGACUCGUGACUGAAUACA